AUGCAAACAUACGAUGACCGUUUAACAUUUCUAUUGCCAAGGCCCCUGUGGGUGAAUGACUUGGAUGUAGCAUAUUGCUCUUUAUGCAAUCAUACUUUUGGACCGCUGAAAAGAAGGCAUCACUGUAGAAACUGUGGAAAUAUAUUUUGCCAUGAUUGUUCAAGUCGUAAAGUGCCUUUGCCUCAGUUGGGUUACGGUACAAAACCUGUUCGAGUGUGCAACGGGUGUUUUGAUGUUGCCUAUCUCGUCACUUAUGCCAUUGAUGAAGACCAUGGAUUGAGUACUCAAAUGCACGGCGUGCGAGGAUUGUUGGAGUUGACGGAAAAGGAUGAUGAGAAGCAUCUACACAACAUGGUAGCCUAUGGUGGCGUGGACGCUCUUAUCUGGCUAUGUCGAUCAUCCAAAAGUAUCAAGCUCCAUCACCUCACAACUACUAUUUUAGCUAUGCUGGCAGAAAAAGAAUCCAUUCGCCCUGUCAUCAUCACAAAGUGGGCAUUACCGCCAUUAUUAUUUCUGGUACGAUACUACACCCAUGUGGAGCCCAUUAGCACCAACAACAACCAUAAGAAAUCGCCGGUGAAUUCGAUCCAUUCUAGUACCAUGACACCUAGUUUGGCCAGCAACCCAUCCUCCUCAUCUGCUACUGCUAACGAAUCCACAGUUACUAAUCCCUUUGAAUCACGUCAAAGUAUCAUUUUGGAAAUUGUCAUCAACUGUACACAUAUUUUCUAUCAGCUAUCUAGAGCUGGUAUAUUAAGUCUAAAGGAAGUGAUAUCAGAUGGCGUUUUCGACACACUGCUCAUGCUGGCUUCGUUCAACAUUCAAAAUUUGCAAUUGGAGAAAGGGAUUUGCUCAGAUGAAGUGCCUGCGACUGGAGACGAUGAACAACAAGUGAUGGAACGAGUGGCGAUCAUACAAAGUUUGGCUGCAAAGGCGAUAUCAGCCAUCAGUUCACUGGUUUCAUUUCAGGCGGAUAUCAUUGAAUUGAUCCAAAAGACAGAUAGAUUACCCACCCUACUGAGAUCGCCAAAUGAUGAGAUGCGCAAAUACAUUGCAAAGACGGUAGCUUACUUGUCACUACGCAAUGAUAAAUACAAGCCGGCGCUAUUGUUUGGUGAUGGAUCCAAAGCACUGGUUUCCAUCUUGGCAGUUUUACCACUAAAGAUACAAGUCUCUAUCAGCAAAAAGGCAAGAAUGACUGACCUUGGAUACUACUUGGCAAAGGAGACAGCAGAUGUUGGCAAGUACGACGGCGAUGGAGGAAAGGGGCAACAGGACGGUAAAGCCCAAGUGCAAUCCAUCAACUCUGCUGCGGUAUCUCAUGCAUGCUGUGCUUUGGCCAACUUUGCCACAAACAAUGAAUCACAAAUCAACUUGAUGUCGCAGCCCCAUUUGCUUGCAUACAUCUGCAAUGUGUGUCAUGUCUUUCCUCAGCAUGUCGAAAUACAUCGCCAUGUAGCUCGCUGCUUGGCCAAUUUAGCUCUUUAUGAGGAGAACAACGAAGCCAUGCUGACAAGUAACAAAAAGUCGGGAGAAAGGAAGAACAAGGAUUGCUUCAAUGUGCUGCCAACACUUUUGUUUAUGAGCAAGGAUUCAAAAUCAGGUGUUCAGCGUCAUAUUGUGCGAGCCAUUGACAAUUUGAGUAGUAAUAUGCCCAUCGAUCCACCGGCGGAUCAUUGGCAUCAAGUAUUUGGUGAUGCGUAUGUCUAUAUCAAUCAGAUAUUACAAAAGCAGCAAGUGGUUGGGGAGGAUAACACUAUCGAUGUUGACACAAUCAAGAGAGCAAAGAGCAUCAUUGCAAGAAAAAGGAUUGAAAAUGGUACAGUAAAUACAAUCGCAACUAUGAACGAGGCAACUGUAUCAACAGUAGCAGCAGAAGCAAAAGAGGCCAACCAGGAUAACGAGACAAGUACUGUAACAAAAGCAAAAAACGAUGAAGAAGAAACUCCUAUAUCUGCCUCCUCGCCUGCUGAUGCGGAUACAACCACAACAACCACACUUUCAUCAACGCCUCCAAAUGAAGACGAAAACGAAGAACAAGAACAAGAAGAUAUUGAUGGCAGCGACGAAGCCAUCAAGAAGGCACCUAAAUCAAAUAGCAAGAGUAAUAAGAGGAGAUCAAAGAAGAAUAAAUAA